AUCAAACGCUCCUGAACAAGCUUAUCAAUGUCUUCAAGAUCACUAGAAAGCUACAGUGUCUGGAACGAAGCUUUUCUUCCAAAAAUGAAAAUCAAAUCGAUUGAACCGGCGUCCCUGUCGACCAGUGAUGGAAAGAUUUUGUGCGUUCAAAGCAUGAGGAGGUCCAGAAAUUCUCAUCAGCUGGUUGCAAUGAAUAAACAGGAACCUGGACACUCAGUCAAGGUGUAUCACAUCUCGUAUGAUGACAAAACACCAUGCAUGGCUUUUUGCUUUGAGGUGCAAAAUACGGCUUAUUUCCCUGUUGUUACUCGCGGUGAAGAGGCCAAAUUUGGUGUAGUGUUUCUGAUGGUCUGCUGGCUUUUCACACGCAGGUUUUUUACCCAAAGACAUGCCGAUCACAGAAAGAACCUUUGA